AUGGGUUCGGGGCUGACGCCUUCUCAGCUUCUAGCGUUGCGAUCGAGUGAUGACCGCGACGGUUUAAGGUGAUACAAUCGGCGCCCGCUGGAUUGUUAUUGGUGUGGAAUGCGGAAUCCCCGUAAACCUACACACAACUCAUGUGCGCGCUAGCGUACAUUGUUCUGCGUAGAACCCAUUAUUGGCCUAAAAUGUUUUUACCCCAAUAUUUGGUUGGUAAUCAAUAGUUGUUCUAGAUAUUUUGUAUAGUAGUUAAGUGUAUAUAUUUGUAAGAUAAAUAUAUACCACAAGGGGUGUUAAAGAUCGUUUUUUACACUAUACAACAGUUAUUUUGAAAUCCUUUAAGCCAUCUGAAAGACUUUGUCUGAACGGCAACUGGCAGUGGCAGCCAAGCAGCCAGUUCGUUCCAAAUCUCUGUCGACUCGUUAAAACUGUAGUUCUUUGAAAAAAGGAAGAAUUUUCUGAAGUAUUGUUAAAACCCUCAUAUAAACCGAGAGAACCAUGUUCUGAGACAAAGAAGUACAGGGUGACAAAUAAAUAUUCAAACCGUUUUUUGUUUGAUCGCUGCUUUUUGCACAAAGGACUGGCCUUUGAAUUUUUUUGUUUAUUUCGUUCAUUCAGGCUCACGUAUCAUGUGUUUGAAGUUACAGCUCAUACUUUUCAGUUUUCAGUUAAUGGUGGCUCCAUCUCCGUACCGUACCGCAAUUAUUGAUUGUGUCAAAAGCGAAAUGACGAAUUCAGAGAUCGUUAAAAAGCUGAAAGUGUCUCGUGUUCUCGUUUUUCGAACUGCACAACGUUAUCGGCGUCUCGGUACUUCAGAUGACAUGCAAAGAGGGGACGUCCAGUCACCGUCACGACUCCAGAAGCCGUCAAAGCCGUUCGAGAGAAAAUCAGACGCACUCCGGAAAGAAGCGUGAGAAAGAUGGCAAAAGAAUACGAAAUGAGUCGAGAAUCGAUGAGAACUAUUGUCAAGGACAAGCUGAAGAUGAUUCCCUACCGUAUGCAGAAAGGAGCCUUCCUCGAUCAAAAAAACAAGACAUUCCGGAUGAAAAAGGCUCGGAAGCUGCUCGCUGGCACGCAAGAUGGCUCGCAUCUGACGACACUAUUUACCGACGAGAAAAUAUUCACUGUGGAGGCGAACAAGAACGGCCAAAAUCAUUGGAUCAUCGCUACUGACUAUCAGAGUGCCUGUGAAAAAGGAAAAAUUCUGAAUAAAACUUCGCAUCCGGCUUCCGUGAUGGUUUUUGCCGGAAUUACCGCUGACGGCAAAACUCCGCUGAUUUUUGUGGAUUCUGGAGUCGAAGUGAACCAAGUAUACUACAGGGAGUAGAUUUUAAAGUUGAGGGUGUUGCCCUGAGCCAAUUCUCACUACGGAAACCGACCAUGGACCUUCCAGCAAGACGGCGUCCCCGCUCAUCGUGCCAAAGGGACUCUAGAGUGGUAUCGCGCCAAUUUUCCGAGUUCAUCUCGGCUCUGAUUGGCCUGCUUCCUCGCCCGACCUCAACCCGAUGGACUAUGCCGUGUGGAUAUAUCUGACCGAGAAGGUCUCUUCUAAGAACUACCCAAGUAUUAAAGCUCUGAAGACCGCGCUCAUCAAGAAAUGGGACGAAAUCGACGACGACUACCUUCGUGCCGUGAUCGAUGCGUAUCCGAAGAGACUGAAGGCCGUUAUCAAAGCUAAAGGAGGACGUUUUGAAAAACUAUUCUUGAAUUUUUGUUUCUAUAUUGUAUAAAUAAAAUUUGUUCCAAGUUUGGUGGUGUUUGGUUGAAUUUUGAGAAAGUUAUAACGUUUCAAACGAGUUUGAAUAUUUAUUUGUCACCCUGUAAUAUUAGGAAAUUCAAUGUUUUAUAGUCUGUGUGUCACGACUUCGAAUUUCACCGAACGACAUUCCGCUGUGCCGCUGCGCGCCUUUGCGAAACUUGGUCGCGCUUUUAAUUUUUUGUUAUUUUAUUGAGGUACUCUACUUUCAUGGGCUCCCACAGCAAAAACAAUCAAUUGAAGGCGUGACCUAGAUUCGAAAGACGCUUCGCGAACGCACGCAGCGAAACAGCGGAAUGUCGUUCGGUGAAAUUUCAAGUCGUGGCACACAGACAAUAGUUUUCAUAACAGAAAAGUUUAUUAAAAACUUUUUUAUAGAAAAAAAACUUUUCCGUCCUUUAAACUUCAUCGUAGUUUUUUCAAUAGAAAUUUUCAAGAGAAGUCAUUCGUUUCGAUUUUCGAAUGGGUUUUUCGACUGAAAAGCGGAUCUAAAGUCCUUCCAACUGCUCCGUGUGAGCCAACGAGCCCCAACCAACCCAACACCAGUUUCCAGAAACCGAAGGAGAACGGUAGAUUAUUUUUACUCAAUGAGAAAAGUCUGUGUAUUUUCCUGGAUACUGUAAAAAAAAAGGUUAGAAGAACGGGAGAAAUGAAAAAGAUUCCGAAAAAGUAAAUGGUGAAAAAGGAAAAAGGAGGAACUUUUCUGAAUAAAUAAAUAGCUCUCAUUUGAAUUUUGAUUUAAAAGCAUAACCAUUCGAAAUCGAUAAUAGAGAUUCCCACCAGUCAGUUCAAGUGUGACGACAGAAGGGCAUUUCAAAAAUAGAGAACUUGAAUAUUUAUUUCACUGUGAUACAUAAAACAACAUGAGCCACAAAUAAAGAGACAUAGACUUCAGUGAGAUUAGAAUCAUCUUGAUUUCAAAACGGAAAAUGAACUGCUCACGUCUUUUGCCGCCGACCAAUUUUGGAGGCGUCAAAACAUUAUUUUGCCCAAUACUAAAACUACAACGUUAUUCAUUCGAGCAAAAACUGUAACUUCUUUUUUUGAAGCCAGGACCUUCUAUAUAUCGGAGGUGUCAGCAGAAACCCUGACAAUUGUCAAAACCUUUUUAUAUUUCAAUGUUAUAAGUUGUUUAGUCCAGCUUCUUUUUAAUCAGUUCUCUGGCGUAUAGGAAUUCCGGGUUACGAGUUCGAAGGGAGCGAAGCGACGCACAGUGGAACGGUCUUGAAGGAAGAAAAUAAAGAAGGAGGGGAUAAAACAAUAACGGUGCAUGAUUCCGCCGGAGCGAAAGGGAGUGCGCUUUCGGCAGAGCAAAGGAAGAAAAUAUUUGAAAAGAGGAACCGUAAGCGUCUUUUUUCUUCUUUUUUUCUUCCCCCAUCAUCAAUAUUAAUAAUAAUAAUAACAGUUUAUUCACUGCCAUAAACAAGACAUUAGGAAAUAUAAAAAAGUAUAAGUGAUCAACAUAGGAAUAACAACUCUCGGCAAUAAAUAAACCAGUAAACGUAAACGAACAGGAAGGCAUUUCCCGCAAAUUCUAAUUCUUUCAUCAAAAUUGUUCUACAGAGUUCUUUCUGGACAUUUUCUUACCAUCAACUUCCUUGGGAAGACACGCGAAAAUUGUCCUGCAAGGCGGGUGA